AUGGGGUCCUCUCAAUCCAUAUUAACUACCUUGGAGACUGUAUUAAAGCAGAGGAAUAUCAAGGUUGACAGAAAGACGUUACGGAGCUUUGUCAAGGAGGUCGAUCGUGUGGCACCCUGGUAUGCCCUUUCUGGCUCUCUCACCCUGGCAUCAUGGAAUAAGUUGGGGAGGGAUCUUGAUCGACACCUAGAGCAGCAAAGAGACCUAAGGAUAGGGACCAAGGCAGUAUGGAAACUAGUGAAGAACUGUAUUGAGGAUGAAGCUUGCCAGGCGGCCGUUGUAGAGGGUCAGGCCAUUCUCGAGGUAACCCAGGAUAGCAUGUCAGAAACCGAACAACUGGAGGCACUGAACCUCGGCAGCUCCGCCAGUUCUGAGUCUUCUGAUUCCGAACAAGACUCUCUAGGCCCUGGAGAUGAGACAGAACUAGAAGAAGAGGCUACAAAGUACGAGGCGGAGAGAUAUCACCCGGAUGGGGAGUUUUUCUCUAAACUGCUACCCAAGGGCAAGGCCUCAGCAAAAGCGAUAGCAACUCCAUCUGCUCCGCCUAUGCCGCUCUCUCCCCCCCCUUAUGAAGGGCAUUUACAUAGUUUCUCCUUUUUACCUGAAAAAAUUAGAAGAAAGGUCCAUCUCACCUUCCCCGUUUUCGAAGUAGAGAAUGGAGGGCGGGUACAUACUCCGGUUGAGUAUAAACAGAUAAAAGAAUUGGCAGAAUCGGUUCGUAAUUAUGGACCUAAUGCCAACUUUACUAUUAUGCAGAUAGAAAGGCUUGCCUUGGAUCCCCUAACUCCUGCCGAUUGGCAGAUGGUGGUGAAGGCAGUAUUACCAAAUAUGGGGCAAUAUAUGGAAUGGAGAGCAUUAUGGCAUGAGGCUGCCCAGUCACAGGCGAGGGCUAACGCCAUAGCACUCACCCCAGAGCAGAGAGAAUGGAAUUUCGAUCUGCUUACAGGACAAGGAGUCUAUGCUGUGAACCAAAUUAAUUACCCUUGGGGCGCAUAUGCUCAAAUAGCCACCCUGGUAAUUAGGGCAUGGAAGUCACUUACGCAGAAAGAGAAGGCAGGUGGACAACUUACCAAGAUUAUACAACAACCUCAGGAGCCAUUUUCCGAUUUUGUGGCAAGGAUGACGGAAGCGGCAGGAAGAAUUUUUGGAGAUACAGAGCAGGUUAAGCCGUUGAUAGAACAGCUCAUCUUCGAGCAGGCUACACAAGAAUGUAAAACAGCAAUUGCCCCUAGGAAAGGAAAAGGUUUGGAUGAUUGGCUCAGGGUAUGCAGAGAACUCGGAGGACCGCUUACUAAUGCAGGCUUGGCGGCUGCCAUUCUUCAAUCACAAAGAAAGCCGACGGGCUUCAAGGAUCGGAGGCUCUGUUUUAAUUGUGGAAAGCCAGGGCACCUAAAAAAAGAAUGUCGAGCUCUAAAAAAGGGUCAGGAUACUAUCUGUGCCAGAUGUGGGAAAGGCUACCAUAAGGCAAGCCAAUGCAGAUCCAUAAGAGACCUUAAGGGCAAUCUCCUUCCCCCCCCGUAA